AUGCAGCACGCUAUAAUUAUAUGGCUAGCUGCCUUUACGAGCGCUACCGUGUUGGCAGUCCCACUAGAUACUGUCCAAGACGCUCAGAAUGAAUGCUGCACAGGAUUUUCUUUGGGAGAGGACCCUGUGUGCCCGGAAGAUGAAGACUUCCCGAAGGAUGGGAUUUGUUGGGGUAAUCAACAUCCUAGACGCGUUCCACGACCUGCCGGACGUGACCCCGCCGUCUUGGGCCAAAAAUGGGUGCAAAUGGUGAAUGCCUUUGCUGAUAAGCGAGAAAUUACACCCGAAGCAAAGCAAGGACUUUUAGAUAUUAUUCCUAGCUGCCACUUGGACAACGGUUCCUUCCACCCUGCCUUCGGCGGGGGUAAUGCUAAUGCUGGAGUGCGAUGUACGGUUGAUUCAGAAGAGCAGAGGCCAACACCUAGCGGCGACGACCAUCGAUCUGACACCACCGUCUUGGGCCAAAAUUGGCUGCAAAUAUUUCACAAGGUCGAAGCUGGAUCAAAGCAGAAAUGGGUGGAUUCAAUUUCCAGGUGUCAAAUAAACCUCUAUGCAUUCAUCCCGAAUAGGAUUCUGGAGCUUGAUGAUAUUAAGGAGGUAUGGUGUCAAUACGCUUAA